AAAACAGAUAGUAAAAUGAGGGCAUAUGAGUGAUAAUUAAAUUAAAAAUAAAAAUUUAUUUUAAAGGUAAAAACAUGUCGCAAAUCGAGGAUAUUAUUUCUGGCAAUAACGAAGCAUUACAGAACUUUAUUUCAAAGAAUAGUCAAUCGUUUACGUUUACGAACUUAAAUCAAGAUGAUGGGCGUAAAAAGCUGUGGAAUUUUCUAUUUAAUAACUUACAAAACAAUACCAACAUUUGCAUGACCUUAACAGCAAUAAGAAUUUUGAGCCGUGAUAAAACUGAAAUAAAUGCUGUAAUUACCGAAAAUGGAUUUAAGUUAUUAUCGUGUUUUGCAAAUUUACAUUCAAAAGAAAUCGACAGUCUUAAUGCAGAUAAUUUUGAAAUUAUUUUAGAAAGUUUAAAAUGUCUUUGCAAUAUAAUAUUCAACUCAACAACGGCUCAAGAAUUAUGUUCAAAAUAUAAUAUUGUGGAUUAUAUUAUAAAUCGACUUCAAAUAUGCAAUAAACAAAAAAAUAUUCCAUAUGAUAUUAAAUAUUUCGAUAUGAAGUUAUUAUUCUUAGUAACUGCGUUAAAUACGAAUAGUAGAUCGUAUUUACGGACUGAAUUAAAUGGUUUAAAGUAUUUAACGGACGGCAUUGAAGAAAUUUUACAUGAAUGUAAACAAAAUGGUAGUUUAACUGAAGAUGGUGAAAAUCAGUUAUCGGAUAAUUAUGUUGCUUACCUAUGUGAAGUUUUAAAAAUAUUAUUUAAUAUUACAAUAAAAAAUUCGGAAAAACCAACUGAAGGAGAUGAAGAAAUUCAAUAUAAACGUUUAGUAAAAUUGUUACGUGAGUUACUAUUAAAGCCAGCUACAAAUUCGGCUAAAAAAUUGGAAUUACAAAGUCACAUAAUCAAUUUAUUAACAUGUAUACCGCAAUCAACGUAUAUUGAACUAUGUCCAAAAUUGAAUGCGCAAAAUAACAUUCCGAAAAAUAUGACAUACCAGGAUUAUAAUAUGGAAGCGGUUUACGAGUUAUUGAAAUAUAUGAAAAUGAAAUUGGAAUUACAACCGAAUGCAAUUGGACAGCAAGAAACAUUAUCGCCAAUUUUAUCUACACUUACACGGAGUGUUCGAUCAGUACGUUGCAUAAGAAAAUAUAUUCGUUUACAAAUAUUACCACCAUUAAAAGAAGUUCAUAAACGUCCCGAACAGGGGAAUACUUUACGUAAUUAUUUAUGUCGUUUACUCACAACUCCAUGUUCUCAUGUACGAGAUUUAACUGCAGAUUUUAUUUUUGUUCUUUGUAAAGAAAACGUGGCUCGAAUGAUUAAGUAUACUGGAUACGGAAAUGCAGCUGGAUUGUUUGCAACAAGAGGUUUAAUGGACGGCCGAAAUACUGGAACUGAGUUUAGCUCAGAAAGUGAGGAUAGUGAUACGGAAAUUUACAAAGAAUAUCGCCAUGGCAUUAACCCAGUAAUUGGAUGUUAUGAAAAAGCCCAUCCAGAUCCAACUGCUCAUAUGACUGAAGAACAGAAAGAGUAUGAAGCUCUUCAAUUGGUCAAUCUUAUGGAUAAAUUAACUCGAUCGGGAGCAAUUCAACCAUGUCGUAUUGAAGAUGGUCGCCCAGUACCUGUUGAACACGUUCUUCAAUUGCAGGAAGAAGGAGGGUUAAAAUCGGAACAAAUAAGAAAUUAUAAUAAAGAUGACGAUGAUUAAAAAUUAUUUUUGUAAAAUAACAUUUAUCGUUUCUUAUUGCUGAUCAAUGCUUUUGGUUCCAGAAGAUUUGUCAUUUUAUAAACAAAACAUUACUCGUGUUAUUAAUUAAAAAUAUUCACCUUUAUUUAUUAAAUUUUAUAAUUUUAUAAAUUUCCUUAUUAUAAUCCUGUCGUUCAAAAAUAUUCGACAUUAUGAAAUAAUAAUUUGUCCUAUUCGUUUCACUCAUAUACUAUUCAGAAAGUCUAUUAGAAAUUUGUCGAAAUAUUUACAGGAGGGAAGAAAGUUCUUGUUUGAUUCUGUACACUAUACGAAAAUGUUUAAAUCAUAAAUUAAAAUGAAGUGUAAAAGCGGAAGAACAUGCGUUGCCGAGUUUUUGUGUUUUUUUUUCUGCAAGUGCUAUUUUUUGGCGUAAAGCAGUACGAUGCUACUGCGAAAUCCAAGCCAACGUACGUGGUCAAACAGAAAUCAACCUUACAAAAUUUUUAUAUAUUGCAAUGUUUUGAUAGGGAAAUUUUUUACAUAACGUCUUUUUAACAAAAAUUAAGGUUUUAUGUUUUUAUAAUACAGUAAUCUGUAAUAUUAUUCUUCAAGAUUUUGUUAAAAAGCGUUCAAAGAUUAUAAAAAAUUUUGGGCGAACUCAAAAAUUUAAUUUUUUAGCUUUUUAUUCCCCUUGAAAAUGGCCACUUUGAAUUUUCCAAAAAUUAAACAAUACAUAACUCAAAGACGGCUAGCCUUACGAAAGAACAGCCAGAGGCCUUUUUUGUGUAAAAUUACCUAAAAAACUAGAACUUCAAUGAUUUUAAAAUUAAUUACCCGUAAUUUGUGAACAUAUAUAACAUGUUUUUUGCGUGUAAUUUCUGGCUUUUCAUAUUUUUGUGCUAAAAUAAAUUAAAUAAUUCUUUCUUUAUACUCAAAUGUGCAUUUUCAAGUGUUUUAAAAACCUUUAAUUGCAAAUAUCUCAAUUCGAUGUCUGUGUGACAUAGCUUGUUUUUUCGCAGAACCCUUCAUAUGUAAAAUAGCUAAU